CUUCCCAGCAUAUGUUAGAUUUGCUUAUCCCUCACAACUAAUGGCUCUACAACCAUUGAAGCUCCCAUGGUCGGAAGACCUGAAACCAUUACAGAUUCUUCAACUUCUUCUUCUUCUCUUCAUUCCUUCUUUAUUUAUUUUAAAGCUCACUAGAUUAAGCAAGAAACCCAACAAAUUAUUGCCACCAUCUCCACCAAAACUUCCCUUUAUUGGAAACUUUCACCAGUUAGGGACACUCCCUCAUCGCUCUUUUAGAGCUUUAUCUCACAAGUAUGGACCUCUCAUGCUCAUGCAGUUGGGUUCUUCUCCAACUCUUAUAGUUUCCUCCGCUGAGAUUCUUGAAGAGAUCAUAAAGUCUCAUGAUGUUGUGUUUUCAAGUAAGCCUCGAAUGGCUGUUGGUGAGAAGCUUUUCUAUGGUUGGAGCAAUAUUGGGUUUGCACCCUAUGGUGAGUAUUGGAGACAGGUGAGGAAGUUUUGUGCACUUGAGCUUUUAAGUGUUAAAAGGGUUCAGUCAUUCAAUUUUGUGAGAGAAGAAGAAGUAGAUAUCAUGAUUGAGAAGAUAAAUCAUUCAUGUCAAAUGGGUAACUCAAUUAAUAUUGCUGAUUUGCUACUUAUUGUAUCCAAUAACUUGAUUUCUAGAGCUGCUUUGGGUGGGAAAUCCCAAGGAGAAGACAAUAAUGAGAACAAAGUAUGGGAAAUUACAAGGGAAUUGGUAGCAAUCUUUGGAACAUUUUGUGUUCGUGACUUCUUUCCAUUGUUUGGAUGGAUUGAUACACUCACUGGCUUGCAAAGUAAAAUAAACAAGACUUCCAAAAGGUUGGAUGCCUUCCUUGAUCAAGUGAUUCAAGAACAUCUCAUCGGAAAAACGGGAGAUAAGCAAUCAAAUCAAGAAGAUUUUGUAGAUCUUUUGCUCCAAGCUCUUAAGGAUUCAACAUUCAACAUUCCCCUCACUCACAACAACAUCAAAGGAAUUCUUGUGGACAUGUUUGUUGCUGGAACUGAUACAACAGCUAUAACUGUUGAAUGGGCAAUGUCAGAGCUUAUUAGGAACCCUAGGGUGAUGAAGAAAGCACAAGAAGAGGUAAGAAGAGUGGUGGGGAAGAAAUCCAGGGUUGAAGAAGAUGAUAUUUGUCAAAUGGACUCCUUAAAGUCCAUAAUUAAGGAAACCCUAAGAUUAUAUCCUCCUGGGCCCUUGUUGACUCCACGAGUAUGUACCAGAGAUACUGAUGUCAAAGGUUACCAUAUCCCUUCUAAGACAACAGUUUUUAUUAAUGCAUGGGCAAUACAAAGGGACCCCAAAUUAUGGGAUAAUCCAGAAGAGUUUAUACCAGAGAGAUUUACCAACAGCCCACUUGAUUUUAAAGGUCAAGACUUCAAAUACAUUCCUUUUGGCACAGGGAGAAGGAGUUGCCCAGGAAUGUCAUUUGCCUCUGCAUCUUCUGAGUUAAUUCUUGCCAACCUCUUAUACUGGUUUAACUGGGAGUUACCAGGGAAUGCCAAAGGAAAAAACUUAGACAUGACUGAAGCUCCUGGUAUUGCACUUUACAAAAAGCAUCCUCUUUAUCUUCUUCCAAAACCUUAUCUUUUUUAAGCUUAUAAAAUUAGUGGUUUUGUGUUUCUAUUUGAAGGUUGCAGAUCAUCCUUCUGGUAUAGGAAAUCUACAAUAAUCUAUAUAAAAUAAUGUGAUGAUCAAAUUUCCUUUGGUUGCUUCAUUUGUCUUGUUUUGUUUGAUUGGGAAAGAAAAGAAUGUACAAUAGGAUCUUUUCAUCUAUGUUUUGGCAUGGAAAUUAUAUAUUGAUUGAUAAUUGA